AGCAAACGCAGCUUGUAUUGUGACGGUCAGGUCUUAGAUCUUAGCCAAGUUCUGCAGGGAUGCCUUCUCAAUCAGCACUCUCAGCAGACGAAAAGUCUAAAGUCAAAUCUACCAUAAACGAGUCCACGCAAAAGAUACUCACUGCUACCGUUGCUCGUAUCUACUUCGCACAUCCGCAGCCAAACAAGUGGUCGUAUGGUGGCUUGCAAGGCGCACUCGCUUUCAUGCGGGAUAGCUCCAAAGAAGCCUUCAUUCUGAGGCUGGUUGAUUUAACGGGGACAAGAGGCGUCAUAUGGGAACACGAGCUAUAUGAAUCGUUCGAGUAUUACCAGGACAGGCCGUUCUUUCAUUCAUUCGCGGGCGAUAAAUGCAUGAUUGGCUUUGUCUUUGCUGAUGAGAAAGAUGCCAAAACUUUCUACAAGAAAGUAACCACCCGUAAAGCAGAUAAAGUCAAACCUUCCUCCUCAGAGAAGAAGAAGUCUGCCAAGGGCGGUAGAAUAGAUAAGUCCAUGAUUUCAGGUCCAACCAGUGGUUCCUUCGUGCAUGUUGCACACAUGGGCUAUGAUGCUGAGAAGGGUUAUACCACCACCAACGUUGAUCCAUCAUGGACCACCUUUCUCAGCGGGCUAGAGGGUGAAGGUGUCAGUCGCGAGAUCAUCGACUCGGAUAUGGAUUUCAUAAAAGGCUUUCUCCGUGAUGCGCAAAAUGCACCCCUGCCUGCUGCCAAGAAGAAGGCACCACCGCCCUUACCUGCGCCUAGAAAUAGGGGGCACACGCAGCAGGAUACGGCGCCACCGCCGCCGCCGCCACCACCCUCACAUGGGGAAGGAGGCACAUUGGCAUUACCUGCUGCCCCACAGCCUGGUCGCGGGGACCUACUUGCAUCCAUUCGUGGACAGAGUGUGUCAAAUUUACGGAAGACGGGUGGACCUCAGUCAACGCCCUCUCCUCCCCCCGCGCCUGUUGCUGAAGAAUCUAGUGGAGGUGGGGCAGGCGGAAAUCUGACUGCAGCGUUAGCUGCUGCUUUGCUGGAAAGGAACAAGAGAUUAGGUGAUAGUGACGAAGAGGACGAUGAUGAUGACUGGGACUAA